UGUGUGUGUGCCGGUAGAGGACGUCAGUGAGUGAGUGUAAAACUUUAACAGAAGCUCUGUGUGUGUGUGUGUGUGUGUGUGUGUGUGGGUGUGUGUGUGUGUGUGCCGGUAGAGGACGUCAGUGAGUGAGUGUAAAACUUUAACAGAAGCUCUGUGUGUGUGUGUGUGUGUGUGUGUGUGUGGGUGUGGGUGUGUGUGUGUGUGUGCCGGUAGAGGACGUCAGUGAGUGAGUGUAAAACUUUAACAGAAGCUCUGUGUGUGUGUGUGUGUGUGUGUGUGUGUGGGUGUGUGUGUGUGUGUGCCGGUAGAGGACGUCAGUGAGUGAGUGUAAAACUUUAACAGAAGCUCUGUGUGUGUGUGUGUGUGUGUGUGUGUGUGUGUGUGUGUGGGUGUGUGUGUGUGUGUGCCAGUAGAGGACGUCAGUGAGUGAGUGUAAAACUUUAACAGAAGCUCUGUGUGUGUGUGUGUGUGUGUGUGUGUGUGGGUGUGUGUGUGUGUGUGCCGGUAGAGGACGUCAGUGAGUGAGUGUAAAACUUUAACAGAAGCUCUGUGUGUGUGUGUGUGUGUGUGUGUGUGUGGGUGUGUGUGUGUGUGUGCCGGUAGAGGACGUCAGUGAGUGAGUGUAAAACUUUAACAGAAGCUCUGUGUGUGUGUGUGUGUGUGUGUGUGUGUGGGUGUGUGUGUGUGUGUGCCGGUAGAGGACGUCAGUGAGUGAGUGUAAAACUUUAACAGAAGCUCUGUGUGUGUGUGUGUGUGUGUGUGUGUGUGUGGGUGUGUGUGUGUGUGUGCCGGUAGAGGACGUCAGUGAGUGAGUGUAAAACUUUAACAGAAGCUCUGUGUGUGUGUGUGUGUGUGUGUGUGUGUGUGUGUGUGGGUGUGUGUGUGUGUGUGCCAGUAGAGGACGUCAGUGAGUGAGUGUAAAACUUUAACAGAAGCUCUGUGUGUGUGUGUGUGUGUGUGUGUGUGUGUGUGUGUGUGGGUGUGACUGCCUCAGGGUGAAGUGAAUAACACAUGAGUGUGUGUGUGUGUGUGUGUGUGUGUGUGUGUGUGUGUGAGAGAGAGAGAGAGAGAUGGGAGACACGGCGCGAGACCGGCACAUCUCUCCGGUAAAGAACUUCGUGGCCGGUGGAGUCGGGGGCGCGUGCCUGCUGUUCGCCGGACAUCCGCUCGAUACCAUCAAGGUUCGCCUUCAGACGCAGCCCAAAGCCUCGUGCAGUCAGUAUGUGCUGUACACAGGAACGCUCGACUGCUUCCGGAAGACUCUGUCCAGAGAGGGAGUGUUGGGUCUGUAUAAAGGAAUGGGAGCGCCGCUGGCCGGAGUGGCUCCAAUGAUGGCCGUCAGCUUCUUCGGAUUUGGACUCGGGAAGCAGCUGCUCCAGAGCGACCCGUCAGUCCCGAUCACCUCCGCACAGACGUUCCUGGCCGGAAUGUUAGCCGGAGUUUUCACUACAGUGAUUGUGGCUCCAGGAGAGAGGAUCAAGUGUCUGCUUCAGGUGCAGUCCAUCAGCGGGCAGCUGAAAUACGCCGGGCCGGUGGACUGUGCAGUGAAACUGUAUAAACAGCACGGUAUGCGCAGUGUGUAUAAGGGAACUGUCCUCACUCUUAUUAGAGAUGUUCCUUCUACUGGUCUCUACUUUUUAACGUAUGAAUACCUCAAAAAUGUCCUCACUCCUGAGGGCGAGAGUGUGGACCGACUCAGCACUCCGAGGAUUCUUUUGGCCGGAGGAACUGCUGGAAUCGUGAACUGGGCCGUCGCUCUUCCACCUGAUGUCCUGAAAUCCAAUUUCCAGACAGCUGCUGACGGACGCUACUCAGGUUUAGCGGAUGUUUUGCGAACGCUGCUGAGAGAAGAAGGAGCCCGAGGGCUGUAUAAAGGCCUGAGUGCGGUCAUGCUGCGAGCGUUUCCUGCUAACGCGGCUUGUUUUUUGGGAUUUGAAGUGGCUCUGAAGUGUUUAAACCGGCUCACUCCAAACUGGUGACCUCUACAUGACCUCACACUGACUGAUUCUGCUAAAAAGCAAACUCAUAAAGCUGGAAAUCAUGACCUCAGAUUUGACAUCUUAAAGGAAGAUUUCUCCCCAAACCCGAAUCUCAUUUCAUCUCCUGCUCUCCUUUAACGAUAGUGUUCAUAGUUUAUUUUUUCAUUAAAACAUGAAAUUAUUCAUGUAUACAUUUAUUAUUAUUAUUAUUAGUAGUAGUAGUAGUUAUUAUUAUUAUUAUUAAUUAUUAUUAUUAUUAUUAUUAUUAUUAUUAAUUAAUAAUAAUAAUUAUUAUAAUUAUUAUUACUAGGCACUCCGAGCCGGUUGCGUGAGGAAGGACAUCCAGUGUAAAACCUGUACCAUAUCUAUAUGUGUGCAGUGGAAGGCGCUCUGCUGUGGCGAGCCCUAACACGAGCAGCUGAAAGAACAUCAGCAACAUUUAUUAUUAUUUUAUUUUUUAUUAUUAUUAAUCUUCAGUUUAUUUAAAGUGAGCAGUUUGGAUGAAUUUGUCCUUUCAUUUCUUGCAGUAGCUCAUAUUUCUGGUUAGGGGUGAGCGAUAUAUAGUGCAGAUUUCUUUUGCUUUUGUGUAUAUCUUAUAAUAAAUUGUUUCAGAAUGAAAACAAAAUCUAAGAUAAACAAAGGCAGCCCGAGUAAACACAAAAUACAGUUUUUAAAUGAAAGCGCAACAGGAUCACGCAGCAAGACAAUGAUCCAAAGUGCAGGAGUAAGUCCACAUUAUAAUAAGAUGUCAGACACUAGUUCAGUCCCUGAGCUUCACACUGAAGACAAUAAUGUGUGUGUGUUUGCUUGUAUCUUUCUCAUUUGUAAGUCGCUUUGGAUAAAAGCGUCUGCUAAGUGAAUAAAUGUAAUGUAAUGUAGUGUGUGUGUGUGUGUGUGU